CCUCUGGGUGUGGUUUAGGGGUCAUUUCCUUUAGUCUGUUUUUUUCUUUCCUGUAUAGUCUUUACAUGUUUACUUCUGACCUACUUCUCAUGUAUCUUCAGUCAACGGAGUCAGUACAAAGACGGUUGAAUUAGCUUAUAUCUGUAACUCUUCAGGACAUGUAAGAUCUCAUUACCUGCUGCGUGAUGGCCACUUCCUCCAACAGGGCUCGGUGUGAGAGGAACAGGACACCUGGAGACAUUCUGUAUGAGGCUCUGGCAGAUCUGACACGUGAUGACUUCAAACGGUUUAAGGACAAGUUGUCUGAUUUCUCCUAUGGAGGGCGAGGCCCCAUCCCGCGUGGGCGCCUGCAGAAGGCAAAAUAUGUUACCACAAAAAACCUUCUCAUAGGUGUUUAUGGAGAGGAAUCGGUGCUGGAUGCGACCAUACAGGUCUUCAAAGAGAUCAGUCUUAUGGGACCAGCAGAGGAUCUCCAGUAUAAAGUGACACAACAUGUUAAAAGAGAGAGGACAUCUACAAAUAAGACAUUGGAAGACUACAGGAUAACAUAUAUGGAUGACAUUACAGAAAAAUAUGAAGUUAUUGAAGAUCAUAAUGCAAGACCAGGGGAGUAUAGCAAACUGGAGAAAAGAUACGUAACACUUUCACUGAUCAAGAAUUAUCGGGAUGAGGAGGAGAGACUACAUGAGAUAAUAGCAUCAGGCUGGAGACAUCUACAGAUUAUGACAAACAGAUCAUCAGAGGAGUAUUCCCCAACCACUAUACCGGCUCUGUUUGAACCUGAUAAAGAUGGAAUUAUUCCCAAGACUGUGGUGUUACAGGGACCUGCUGGGAUAGGAAAGACUACGACAUCGCAGAAGAUCAUGCUGGACUGGGCAUCCAGAGAUCUGUAUAAGGACAAGUUUCAGUUUGUGUUCUACAUAAACUGUAGGGAAAUCAACACCAUCACUGGUAAUAUAAGCCUGGCUGGAUAUCUAUCCAAAUAUUGUCUACUGGAUUGUCCACCUAAUCUGUUGCAGUCAAUCUUCCUUAACUCUGAAGAAGUACUUUUCAUUGUUGAUGGUUUUGAUGAAUUGAAUUGGUCACCGAGGAGGGAUAAAGAGGUUUGUGAUGACGCAUUUCAGGAGGUCUCAAAAGAAAUCCUUCUAAGUAGUUUAUUUAGAAAAAAAAUUCUCAGGAAAAGUUCCCUAAUCAUCACCACACGACCAUUGUCAUUAAUGGUGCUGAAGGACUUUGCAAAAUGUAUUCGUUAUGUGGAGAUUCUGGGGUUUACAGAGAAAGACCGUGAGGAAUAUUUCUGUAAUUUCUUUGAAACCAAAGAACAAGCAGAUCUGGUCAUUAGUACAAUAAAAGACAAUGACUUUCUGUUCACCAUGUGUGUAGUUCCUGUAAUUUGCUGGAUUGUAUGUACUGUAAUGAGACCACUACUAAAAGAGGGAUUACAUGUGAGUGAUUGCAAGACAUUGACAUCCAUUUACCUGUUGUACCUAAAGAGUUUAAUAAUGUAUCAUGGAAGGGGCUCUGCCCAGUCUAUAAGCACAUGUAUACAGAAGCUGUGUGCUUUGGCCAAUGAAGGAGUUUGGGACCAGAGAAUUCUAUUUGAAGAAUCAGAUCUUGUAAGACAUGGACUCUCAGUGUCAGAGCUGGAGUCUGGGUUUCUGAAUGAGAACAUCUUCCACAGGGACGUUGAGAUCCACACCUGCUACAGCUUCAUCCAUCUGAGCGUGCAGGAGUUCUUUGCUGCUCUCUAUUAUGUCCUGGGUGAGAGACAUGUAACAGAACAUUCUUUGGAAGUAAAACAGUUACUGGAGGCAUCAGAACGUCAGCCACAUCUAGCAUUAACUGUACAAUUCUUGUUUGGCCUUUCUAGCAGAAAACAAAUUCAGGAGACUCAGAGAGCCAUUGGGUGCCCCAUUUCCUUUGGCGGAAAAAUGAAAUUGGAAGCAUGGCUGAAGAAAAAGUCAUGGGACCAUACUGCGAGACUAUGCCUCCUGUAUGAGACACAGGAUGAUGACUAUGUGGGGAGAAUGAUGUCUCACUUUCCUAAUGUGGAAAUUAAAGAUCUUUUUCAUAACAAAGGGAACAAUAACAUAGAUUACCGGGCUGUGGCCUACUGCUUGGAGAGAAGUACAAUACAACACACUGUUACUUUUGAAGACUACACAAUAGGACCAAAGGCUCGGAGUGCUCUAUCUAAAGCACUUUCCAAGUGUUCACACCUUCGAUUUGUGAGAUGCAGAUUUCCUCUAACAGAAGACAUAUUUCAUGAUGAAUCCAGUUUAUCCGGGUUGUUUAAACAGUGUCAGAUAAAGGAACUAGGGUUAGAUAACUGUGGUCUGACCUCCUCCUGCUGUGAUGAUCUCCGCUCUGUUAUUACUACACACCACUCUCUGACCAGACUGGAGCUGUCACACAACGCUCUGGGGGACUCUGGAGUAAACCUUCUGUGUGAAGGACUGAGACACCCGGCCUGUACCCUGCAGGAGCUCAUGUUACAGUGGUGUGGUCUGACCUCCUCCUGCUGUGAUGAUCUCUACUCUGCUAUUACUACAAACCGGUCACUGACCAAACUGGACCUGUCAGGGAGUAUACUGCAGAACUGUGGAAUAAAACGUUUGUGUGAGGGACUGAAACAUCCAGCCUGUACCCUGCAGGACCUUACGUUAUAUAGAUGUGGUCUGACUCCUUCCUACUGUGAUGAUCUCCGCUCUGCUAUUACUACAAACAGCUCUCUGAUCAGAUUGCACUUGUCACAGAAUGCUCUGGAGGACUCUGGAAUAAAGCUUCUAUGUGAGGGACUGAAACACCCGGCCUGUACCCUGCAGGAACUUACGUUGCAAGGCUGUGCUCUGACCUCCUCCUGCUGUGAUGAUCUCCGCUCUCUUAUUACUACAAAUCGCUCUCUGACCAGACUUAGUCUGUCACAGAAUGCUCUGGGAGACUCUGGAAUAAAACUUCUGUGUGAGGGACUGACACAUCCAGCCUGUACCCUACAGGUUCUGUGGUUACAGAACUGUGGUCUGACCAACUCCUGCUGUGACGAUCUCUGCUCUGUUCUUUCUACAAACCGCUCUCUGAUCAGACUGGACCUGACAUACGGUCUAUACGGCUGUACAGCUAAACUUCAGCAGUGUGUGAGGCCGCCUCUGCAACUUCUGGUAUAAGAAUAUUAAUUUACAUCUGUUGGAGAUAGACUCCGUAUAUCAAUGUCCUUUGGUCGUCUGUUUAAUACCCUUGAACAUCAGUCAAUGGUUCUGUACUUAGCAGCCGGCUGGAGACCAGAAAUAAUGAGACAACACACAGGAGAUAUAUAGAAGCUCAGCAUGUCAUUUCUGAUCUGACUCGUUGCUUUAGAAGCCUUUAUUAAUACACAAAUGAACAAAGGAAUAAAGGUAUGGCAGUGUGUUAGCCAAUCAAAGUAAACAGUGUGCAAAGAUAAACAAUGAUUUAAUGAAACCAAUUAUAGCAUUCCUGUACAUAUAUUCUUAUCACUGUUUGCUCAUUAAUUUAAUGAGAAGGCCUCUUAUCGCCAUCUAGACAUUAAUCUUGAAAGCCUUCUUUCCAUUGUCACCUGGACAUUCCAAAACAUACUCCUUUAAUGUUCUCAUCAUGCAAUUAAAGUUUUAUCUUAGCCUGGGAGUUAACUAAAUGUCCUUGUGACUGCAGUUGAAGAAAUCAUAUUGCUCUUAACAAAAUAGUUUCUCACAGAAAUAUCUAUGUAAUUAAUUUAAGAAAAUUACAUAUACUAGCUGGCUAUGUUCAUUGAACAUUCUAAUCAAUACCAAAUUAUGAGACAUAGAAUCACAUAACUGCUUAUUGGGUUGAAACUUAUUAUAUAUAUUAUGCGUGCUUUUUGUUAUUAAAUACAAAGCUUACAACAGUUAUAAAGAUGAUUUUAUAUUUAAAACUGUUCAAAUUCCUUCAAAACUCUAGACGGUCUUUUUCUAGGCGUCUUGCCAAUAUCUGGGAAUCUUGCCAGAAAAAUACUAUCUAUCAACUAUAAAUCUGCAGGUGUGAAUUUCUUUAGGCUUAUUAGCCUAACGAGCUAAUAAGGAGUUGCUUGCCCUUACAAAUGAUCUUUUUAACAAGCUAUUAUUUCUUAUCAAUCAGUUUAGUUUAUGCUAGUACAAAAAUUCACUUAAUAAACUCUUAAAGGGGUAGGUAGUAUUAAAACCCAUAUAUGCAUCUGAGCUGAUCCUUGACCAUUAUCAAUAUGUUGGAGUGCAUAUUUCUUAUACAGGUUGCUAGGGCUAAGGGUCUCGUGCAUAUAUCAGAUAAAAGUCAGCAUUACUUAUAAACCUAUUAAAAAAUAGCUUGAAAUACAUCUAGAAUGGCUGCCAUUAUACAAAAUGAUAGCUGAUUUAGCAUAAUGCUGUCUCUUUCACAUCCAUUCAGUGUAUUAUGUUUAAAGGUAGUUAUACUUGCAUGGAAUGUGUGAUAUGUGUACCUGCAUCUGUGCAUUUGGUAUGCGGUUUAUAUAUAUAUAUUCAGCUUUAUUAUGUUCAGUAAAUGUGUAAAUGUAAAGCUAUGUUCAGCUUUACAUUUACACAUUUAAUACAGCAUUAGAAAAGAUAAAAAAUAACACAUUGUUAUCAUCAACUAUACAAUCUGAGUUCAUUUAGUUGUGUAUCCAUCCAUUGAUGUUGUGUAUAAUGUAUUCCCAUCAUUUAGUACAUCACCAUGAGUUACAGGACACAGUGAGACCCAGAUUUAACCAAUACAUCAAUAUAAUAAAAAUAACUAAUUCUGUUUAUGAAAUUAUUUCAUGCUCCAUUUCGUUCCAUCUAAUUGUGGUGAAGCAAUCAUUAAUAUGUGUUAGAAUUUGUAUAGAUAGAGUUUGUAUGUAGCUACCCCAUAUUUUAAAAAAAGUUAAAUAAAAUGUAUUUCUGAGUUGAUGCCUCUAUCCAAUCCAUUAAAAAUAUAUAAUAAAGUUUAUCUAAAAACAUACUCAUAGGAGGGCUCUGUGAUUGUGUCCACAUUUGCAAUAUAGUUUUCCUUGCUGCUGCAGAGAUUAUCAGCAGGGCCGGAUCUAGACCUUGUGGCGCCCAGGGCGAAAGUUUCCUUUGGUACCCCACCCCCCUCGGACAGGCAAAAUAGAGUCAGUGUGAACCAAAGGCGCACACAAAAAAUAGGGGCAUGGCUUCAUAGGGAAGGGGCAUGGCCCCUGUAGCUGUGCCCCCUGUAGAUUUGCUCUUAGUAGAUGUGCCCCCGUAGUUAUGCCCCUUAGAUGUGCCCCCAGUAGAUAUGCCUGCUGUAGAUUUGCCCCCCUUAGAGAUGCCCCUGUAGUUAUGCCCCCUUAGAUGUGCCCCUAUUAGAUAUUGCCCCAGUAGAGAUGCCCCCUUAGAUGUGCCCCCAGUAGAGAUGUCCCUUUAGUUAUGCCCCCUUAGAUGUGCCCCAGUAGAGAUGCCCCCUGUAUAUUUUCCCCCCUUAGAGAUGCCCCUGUAGUUAUGCCCUCUUAGAUGUGCCAUCAUUAGAUGUGGCCCCAGUAGAGAUGCCUCCUUAGAUGUGCCCCCAGUAGAGAUGCCCCCUUGUAGUGCCGCUUACAAACACUUAAAAAAAACAAUACUCACCAGCCUCGCUCCUGCUUCCCGACCGCUGCACCCAAUUAUGACCUCUGGUGUGUGUCUGAAAAGAGAACCGGCUGGAGCGGCUCUGGCUGCAGUGGACACCCACACUGCCCACGGCACUUGCUGCAGCUGGAGUGAGGGAUGCGGAUGGGCAGUGGGCGGGCACCCGCCCUGCUCGUCCGUGCAUAGAUCCGCUCCUGAUUAUCAGUAGUAAUUUAUGGUGAUCUGAAAUCAUUUGAUUUUGGGGUAUUAUACUAAAGAUAGCCCACUCCGCAUUUAUGUGAAAAUCUUUUUCCACAUAUAGAUUUAUAAACCCUGCAAUUAUUCUCCAACAAUGCCGUAUCACCGAGCAGUCCCAUAUACAGUGAGUGAGAUCAGUCCCCAUCUUACCAUAUUUUGGGCAAUUACAGGAGGUUGAUAGACCUAUCUCUCUUCAUCUCAGUGGGGAUAAGUAUGCCCUAUGGUAUGUCUAAGAAACAUUUCUGAAUAGAUCGGUAUUGGGAGUAUUUUAGAGAUUUUUUUCUAAUUCACUGUAUAGUGUAUUUACAGUCAUAUUCGGGAAUAUCUCUUUCCAUUGACCAAUCCCGUAUCUGUUUCCCUAGUGUCCCCUAAAUUUCUUAGGGAAGUAUAAUAGAAUGAUAUCGCUUUACGCUUGGGAGUAUUUUGGAGUAGCAAGUUAUCUAGUCCAUUGUUCCAAUCGUUUUCUCCCCAGGAUCGUAUCACCCUACUUACAUAGUGUUGUGCUUGCAUAAAAGCUAAAUUCAGGGCUACUAUAUCUACAAAAUCUUUAUUAACCUGAGUAUGUUUUAGGUUUCUUGUUCCGUACAUCAAUAAGUUGUCCUACUCUUGCGAGGCUCAUUUUCUUCCAUAUAGUAAAAGGAAAGAUGUCACACCCUCCUGAAAAUUGGGAUUUUUCAGGAAGGUCCAGUGUACCAACAUAUUGGAAUUUAUUUUCAUUAUGUGUCUUAUUCUAUGCCAUACUCUUCUAAUGACCAUCAAAAGAGGAUUUUUUUUACAUUUUUAUAUCUAUCGCCGCAUCCGCAGAAUGAAGAAAUGCCCCAUAUCUAAUAGGAAUCAACCCUCCAAUGAGGUAUUGGCAUAUUUGUCUGUAUCAGUCAACCAACCCUUAAUGUAUCUUAAUUGCACAGAGAGAUUAUACCAUUCUAAAAUUGAAAGAUUUAGUCCACCCUUAGACGUUUGUUGUUGUAACUUAAAUGUAUUAAUUCUUACUUUUUUCCCCUCCCAUAUAAAUUUAUUAAAGACUCUUUUUAUCUUUUUAACAUCUUCUCUAGUCAAAAUCACCAGGAGAAUCUGUAUUGGGUAUAAUAAUCUCUGGAAACAUAUAAUUUUUAUUAUAUUAACUCGUCCUUUAAGGGAGAUCGAGAUUCCAUCCUCUCAAUUCAGUUUCACAUCUUUUUAUAGCUACCUUCACAGUAAUCUCAUACAAUGUACUUAAGUCUUUUGGCAGUUUAACCUCCAAAUUAUUUAUAUAUUUUGGAGCCCAUCUUAUGGGUAGCUCUCCUGCCCAUGCUGGUUUCCCAUACCCCAAUUUGAGAUACAUGGCCACUGAUUUGUCCAAAUGAAUUGUGAAUCCCGACGCCUUGCCAAAUUCCAUCAGUUUUUGCAUUAAUGGUUUUAAAGAUGACCUUGGGUUCACUAUGUAUAACAGUAGAUCAUGUACAAAAGAGUUAAAUUGAUCUCCCUGGAUCCGGCCGAAAUAACUCUCAAAAUUGGCCAAUCUUGUACUGUAGAAAGCGAAGUAUGGGAUCCAGAGCCAAAUUGAACAACAGUGGAGAGAGUGUACAACCAUGCCUUGUUCCUCUGUUCAUUUUAACCUUUUCAUUCAUUGAUGAGGAGGGAUGUAUAAGGGUUUGUAUAAAGAAAUUUUACAAAUUCUUUAAAUUUCCCCCAAAAUUCUCUUGUACGUAGCACUUUGUGCAAAAAUGGCCACAAUAUAGUGUCAAAUGCCUUAUUGGCAUCUAGGCUUAGUAAUAUUCCAGGCUUGGAAGUAUCUUGUUGUAGCUGUACUAUUGCUGCAAUAGCUGUUCUGACCCCUUUAACCGAAUGUCGGCCUGUUACAAAUUCCAACUGGUGGUCUGUCAGUAGGUUCGAAGAGAUUGACUGCAAUCUAUUGGCCAUAAUCUUGGCCAUAAAUUUAAAGUAAUUGGGCAGUAGGAUGACUCCAUUUGAGGUUCCUUGCCUGGUUUUAAAAUUAAUGUUGUGUAUGCCUCGUUAAAUGACGAAUAUUCUGGACUGCUUUUAUGUAUGUAUUGGAAUAGCUCAGUUAAUAUGGGGGAGAGCUUCUGUUGUUUUUAGUACUCUGCUGACACUUUUCUUGUUUGUAUUGAAGAUAUCCCCAACUAUAUCUCUCUCUUAGUUAUAUCUGGUUGGUUCGGUUUAAUAUUAAUGUUAGACUGAGCUGAUAUAUGUGAUCUGGUUCUCUUCCCUCCUAUUUAUUCUUACCUAGCCCUUUUGACAACAGGGCAGGAAUACUAGAUCUCCUAUGAGGUCUAUUUCAGUUUUCCCUCAUUCUCCAUUCCUUGGUUCUUUUACCCCUCCACUCACCUGUUUUCGGGUCAUAUAUACAGAGGCGUAGCGUGGAGACAUGACACCCAGAGCAGGGCCAUGUCACGGCGCCUCCACCACACUUACAUACAUACAUACAUACAUACAUACAUACAUAAAUUAAUACACAUUUAGGCACAGACAUACAUAAACACACAAAUAUACACAGAUAUAUAUACACACACACACACACACAUAAACACACAAAUAUAAACACAUAGAUAUACACAGACAUACACACACAGCCAUACAUAAACACACACAUAUACUCACACAUACUGUAAACAAAGAUAUAUAUAUAUACACAUAAACACACACAUACAUGUAUACACAUUAGCACACAGACAUAUAUACACACACAUUUACACACAAACACAGACAUAUAAACAUAAACACAUAGUAUACACAGACAUAAACACACAGUAUACACACAUUCAUUCUCACCAAGAGGGCAGCAGCAGAGCAGCAUACCUCCCAACUUUUAGCAUGCUGAUAGCGGGACUCUUGCGUGGCGUAGCCGCGUGCCAAUCCGAAAGGGGGCGUGACCUCGACUGUGAUGGGCGUGGUCACGCUCGAGUGGGCGUGGUCUCGUCAAAUGGUCCAGUUUUUUUCCUUUUGGGGGCGUGCCCAACGCUCUCCCAGCAGCUGGGCAGCCUCCGCUCCCCUCCUAGCUCUGAAUACAUGCCAUGCGCGUGCACACAGCAUGUAUUCAGUGAUCACCGGCUGCUUUGCAGAGCAGAGCAGCGGGUGAUCAAAGCCUCCCCUAACUGCCCCCCCACCCGCGGGACACUGCUGCCCGCGGGUGGGACAGCGGGACAGGGUCCAAAUAGCGGGACUGUCCCGCUGAAAGCGGGACAGUUGGGAGGUAUGGAGCAGCUCCUCGUUCCAGCCUGGAGGGGCGGAGCUUCUAUGUGAUUGACAGGCCGGACCUCCGUGGGUAGAAGGAAAGGACUGAGGAAAGGGAAAGGGUGGCCACCACACUGCCUGCAUGUUCCAGAUCAUUGAAUGCAGAUCCCUGACAGCCAGGAAAGUUCUUCUGACAAGCCUCCAAACCUCCCCUCUUCCCUAACAACACACCACACUGCACUGCACUGCACUGGAAUCUCUGUACUGUGCAAUCAGUGAUAUGCAACAUGCAGGCAGUGUGGUGGCCACCCCUUCCCUCUCUUUUAGUCAUCUCCUCCUACCCCUGCCCAAGAUUCCAGCUCUCAGCUGUGCAGUGAGCCGGCGCCUUCUGUCCCCAGCGGCGCUUGGAGCUCAAGUUCCACUUGUUCCACCCUCCCUACGCCACUGCAUAUUUAUAUAUAGUUAAUGUAAUAUGCCCAUUUACUGGCUGGUUGCACCAAAGGCUUUGUAUUGAGAAUAAGCUGGGAGAGAACCCAUGCUGUGUCUAAGGUUUGCAUAGCAGGUCUUCCAUUCCAUGCCUGAUUUCCUGCCCGGACAUUUAGCUAGCUAUAUAACCUUAUUUUGGUCCUUUAGGGACAAAUUAAUUUUGCUGCAAAUUUACAGUAAUUUACAGCAACUGCUAUUUUUUGCUGCUAAAAUUGGCUUUUUGUGGGUAUGCACGGUCCUGUGAUUCGCUUAUGCAAUUGCAAAUUUGCAAAUAUUUAAGUACCGUGAAGACUGUUGCUGACAGUGAAAAGUGAAAAAUGGGUAAAUCUGCCAGUACCCCCCCCCCCCCCCCAAAAAAAGCUAAACUAACAUCAGAUAACUGUACAGAAGUUUAUUAUUGGUUAUAACAAGUAUUUCUGUUACUUAAAAUGGGUCAAAUGGAUGUUAUAUGCAUUUAAAAAAAAACAUUUUUAAAAAUGAUAGCUAUUUUUUAAGCAAAAUCAGUGCUAAUAUUCAAUUCGAGGUACAUAAAAAUGGGUAUAAGUAUAUAUUUAGAUAAUUUUAUUGGACUUUUAAAAAAGUGGAAACAGACCAAUUACUACCACCUGCAAGUCUAAAAACACUUGUCCCACUCAUAAAGUACACCAAUAUACCUGUCCCAUACCUUGUACCCCAACUGCCAUCAUUUUCUACGUUUUCACCCCAAAAAUUACAUGUCAUUAAACAUCUAUGUGCCUGAAUAGUCAUUCAGGGCAGUGUCCCUGGAGUUAUGAACCAAAUCCUAACAUUUAUAACUUAAAAUAGGGAUAUUUCCCAACUUUUAACCUGUUUAAAGGUGGUGAAUUAAAAUCCGCCGUAAAGUUACCAUGAAUUCAUUUUUUGCUGAUAAUUGAAUAGGCACUUUUUUGCUAUUCACGGUAAAAUUGCAUUUUUUACUGUGAAAACGGCUUUUCACGGUUAAUUGAAUUCGGCCCUUCGUCUGUUUACCAGAAAUAAGCUUGUGUUGUCACUACACAAAAGAUGUACUUUCCCCUCUAACUUCUCCCCAAAAAUGUAUGAUCAUCUAGAAGUGACCACUCACCAAAUCCUGAUGCCUGACCUGUGAGCUGACCUGAAUAUUAUUUAUUUUAUAUAUUAGCAGUUUUGCAUAUAGUAGCACAUUGUGCUCUACAAUUAGAAACAACAGUGAUACAACAAAACUGGGUAAUAAGAGACAGUCACAGAGGUAGAAAGGGUCGACCUUUUCAUGUGUCGACCUUUCACGUGUCGACCAUUUUCACGUGUCAACCAUUUGUCCACGUUGACCAUGCCAAUGUCGACCAAUAGUGGUCGACCUAAUGACUGUCGACCAUAACAUGGUCGACCAUUCAUACCGGAACCGGUAGAAAGACCCUGCUCGCAAGCUUACAAUCUAUAAAUAAUCAUGAGUCUCUCUAUGGCAAACAGGGGCAGCGUACCUGACAGAUAAAACAGAGGAGUGAGGGUCUGCAUACAGUCUACAUGUGGGGUUGUUCGGGGUAAGGAGCAGGAAGAAGGCAGUGAAGCCUUUCUGCUGAGUUAUUACCUCCAUUUAGUUCUGGCUGAUGGUGGGGGCCUGAUGUGUGCAGCAGUGAUGUGCAGGGAGGUUAGGCAGAGCAUCUCCUGUCAUUCUCCAGUAUACUCCAGAGUUGUAAUUAUAAAAAUUAUAAGAGGCAUACAAUGAAGAUAUUAUAAUUUUUUUAUUAUUUCAAUAAUUUUUAUAGUCAAACCUCUGGAGUACACUGGAGUAUGACAGGUGAGACAGGGCCUCCCCUGCCUCCCCUGCCCACACAUCACUGAUCAAGACUCAACAAAUUCCCAGCAGUAUAUAUUGCUGCACCUUUGUAUAAUGCCCACAUGAACCAUCAGGCUAAUAUAUAUGUGUGCGUAAAUCUAGCUUUGAUACUAGCCAGUGCUGUCCCAGCUAUUUACAGUACCUGACCGCACGUCCCUUGUGUGUAGCAGGGAAAUAGUUACUUCAUGUACACAGAGGAGAAGAAAGCCUCGCACCCACCUAUCUAGGAGCAACUCUCAGAUGGAGCAGUAUAAGGCAAUGGAAUAAAAUACAAUGAAGGCAGCAGCCAAGUUACAAGAUAGAAAACCAAAGCAGCUAGAAACAACUUUCAUUGGUGACCUGGCUGCUGUAAACAUAGUUUCAGGAUAAGUCAGGGGAGGUUUACUGUGCCCAAUCUCUGCUUAAUAACUAAAAUGAUACUGAACCUUUCAUUGGCUGUUAUUUCCUAAUGGGUACCAGGAUUUGUAAAGAGAACUUGUGUUUGGAAUGAGGAGUGGGCAUAGGAUAUUUUCCAGGGUUUGAGGCCUCUAAAAGGCCCAUAACCACAUCCCUGGUGACUAGAAAGUGGACUUAGUGGUCAGGCAAACCAUUUAAUAGCCAGUCCUCCUAAAUUGUGUCAGGCCUGAAUGCCUUUAUAUGCAUAGUAUACCAAAGGCUGUCAAGAGCAUGCGUUGGGGUAGUUGACCUAUAUGUGUGUUUGGCAAAAAAAAAGUGCAUGGUUCCACUAUUGUAAUUUGUCAGUGUUCCAUGUCUAAUGGCCCAGUAAUGUGUAAAGGAGUCGCUUACUAUUUUAUAAUGUGGGACCAUAUCACCAGAAUAGCCAAUUCUAAAUGAGCCCUGAAGUGUUCUAAGUGGGUUGGCUUCUAUUCUGUGUUCAUGUGACAGGUUCAGAAGGUCCUGAGCUGCCAGGACCUUCAACCAUAUAGUUUAUGCACAUGACAAAUUAGCUUCUGUCCCAUAAAUUCAGAGGUGAACUGGCCAGGAGUACAAUUUAAGGGCUAAGUCAGGGUUGGGUUAAAGUUUGUGGGGGAUCCAGGGCAACUACACUGUAUUCCACUUACACACACCACCACCAGCUCUCACUGUCUGUCCACUUUUAUGCCGUGUUAUGCAUUCCUGUAUCACAGUAACAGUCAUCUCAACAUGGUGGUUCUUCCCGGCUGCACUGCCCUAUAACAGACACAAUGACUAUGAUAGUGGCAUCAUUAUUAGUUGACGUCUGCAACCCUGAAGUGCAGGGACUUGGAGCUGGUCAUGGGGCAAAUAUGGUUAUGCCCAAUAUGGUAGAGGCAUUUUCUAUCCUUCUCUACACAAAGUGGAGAUGUAACAGUCAGUAACCAUCCUGUAAGAGCCAGAGGAAUAGGAACAUGUAAUGUACAACCGUUCUGCACAAGCUCUGGCAGCAGGGCCGGACUGGCCAUCUGGUACUUCUGGCAUAUGCAGUGCAUAUUUCGUCUCUCUGGUUGAGCCGCCCCCACCAGUCUCCACGCUCCCAGACUCGCAUCGUGCCCACCCCCAGCAAGCAUCGCCAUGGUAAUGGGGGGUGCUACAAGUCCACACCCCAUGACUCGCUGCACGCCCCCGUAUUACAUUACGGCAUGCCCCCACGUGACGUGCGCUCGCCCCCCUUCAGUGCGUGUGUUCAUGAGUGCCCGGCUCGAAAUGGAGGCCCAGUCCAUCACUGCCUGGCAGAAACUAUAAGUCCGGA